AUGUCGCAUAUUGAAUUGUUCGGCGACGACGAACACUUCACGACUCUCCUCGCAGAUGGAAUCUGCAUUGCUACACCGACGGGGUCAACCGCUUACAAUCUUGCUGCCGGCGGGUCGCUCUCUCACCCAGAGAACCCGGUCAUCCUCGUCACGGCCAUCUGCGCGCAUACUCUGUCCUUCCGGCCGAUUAUCUUACCAGACACCAUCGUCCUGCGCAUGGGUGUGCCCUACGAUGCUCGGACUAGUUCAUGGGCUAGCUUCGAUGGUCGUGAGAGGUGA